AGCUCGAAGCAGAAAGAUUGAACUGGGCUUCUCUCAGUUUGGGAAUCCUUUGCUCCAGGUUUGGACAAUGGCGAGGAAAAGUGAAGUUCUAGCUUCAUCAAUAGGCCAUCUUCUGGCUAUGAAGAUGGCAAAACUCCAGAAUAUCUGGGAUGAUGUUGGCAUUCAAGAAGACAAGCGGCUUCAGCGGAUGGCAUCAGCAAAGACGUGUAUAGAGGAGCUUCUAGAUCAAAUGAUUCAUGAAGAGGAGCUUAUGAAAAAACAAUUGGAGGAGGCCAUUAAGAAUUGGAAGGGGAAACUACAGACCUUAUGUUGUGAGCUGCUUCUAGAUCCUUAUAAGGCUGAUAGUUCUACUCCACUUCAAUUGGAAAAGGAGCUCAGAAAUAAAGUGGAGGCCUUGCUUGAAGAGAAACAUGAUCGCAUGGCAGAAUGUGAAAUGCUUUUGAAAGAAGAUCAAGCUUUGUGUACUGACCUCUGCAAGACACCAUACUACAUUCCUACUGGCAAAGUUCCAUCUCUACAAGAAUUAGAGGAGCUUAAAAGUCAUCUGCUCAGUGCAGCUGAAGAAAAGGAGCGUCGUUUAGCUACAUUCCUUGGACUCCGGAAAGAUAUCACGAAGCUCAUGGCAGAUAUUGAUCAUGUCCCUGAUACCACAUUUGAAAAGGAUGCAGUCCUUGAGGAGGAGAAUCUCUUUUUCCUCUCUGAUGAAAAUAUUAAAUCACUGGAGGUGCUUCGUCACCAGUUAGAAGUGAAAAAGCAAGAAUUGAUGGCUACACAAGAGUCUCUGAGAAAACAGAUCAGUUAUCUGUGGAAUACUUUACAAAUUCCUUUAGAGCAGCAGAACAUGUGUGCAACAGGUUCCAUAUAUCAAGUCAAUACGGUGUUGCAACAGGAGCUUGAGCAACUUCAACAAAUGCAGACCAAGAAUAUCAAACAAAUCAUCACUCGCAUCCGACAAGAACUGAACACUUACUGGGAUAAAUGUUUCUACAGCCAGAAACAAAGAGAAUUUGCUUUUCUGUUAGAUGAAAACUUCACAGAAGAAUUACUGAAAGUACAUGAUGAAGAGCUGGUAAAGAUUACCCUUUAUUACCAAAAGCAUCAAGAAUUGCUUGUUAAUGUUGAAAAAUGGGAAUGUUGGUGGAAGGUGCUCCUAGAACUUGAGAAAAAGGCAUCAGACCCAAACAGAUAUGCUAAUAGAGGUGGAACUCUACUGAAAGAAGAGAAGGAACGUUGUCAGCUGCAGAAGAAAAUACCAAAGCUGGAGGAAGAACUGAAGUUAUACAUAGAGAGAUGGGAAACUGAGCAAGGCUGUCCUUUUCUGGUUUAUGGCCAAAAAUUCACAACUUGCAUUGCUAACCAAUGGGAGCAAUGUAGAGUCAAGAAAGUUCAAGAGAAACAAGAACGAUGUGUAAAGAAGGAAGACAGGAUUGGCUAUAAAACGCCUUUAAAACGGGCAUUAGGUGCAUCUAGUACACCACAGAGCAAAAUCAGAAGAUUAAAUGGAAGCUCAAAUUUCUCAUUGGUCAAUAGUGGUGGAAGCACUUGUAAACGAGCAAGAAAACCAUCUCUUGCAGCUCAAAAGACUACAAAUGUGAGCAAGUUACCAGAGCUACAAAAAACACCUCUGCAAAACAAAGAAAUGAAUGCACCAUCAGUUUCCAUUGUUAAUCAGCAGCCCAAUACAUUCAAAUGUCUUGCUGCAAGCUAUUCAGAAUUUUCGCGUGACUUUACCAGAAAAUCUAAUCAUGUCAGUGAACAGCUUAAUUCUACAACUCUUGAAAAUCCUUAGGAUAUCUUGUAUCCACUUCACAGCAUACCAGGUCAGGAGACUUGCUCUGCAUCAUUCUUUGACAAUCGGUAAUUGAACAGAAUAAGUACACAAUGAAGGUAGAGGACCUUUGUUCUUUUGGAUAUAAUUGCAUUCUAAUUGGGUUUGUCAAUUUUUGCCUUUUGUCUUUUUUAUAUGUUGGACUCAUCUAUUUGUCUUCUAGCAUCUACCCCUCUUGUGCAAGCUUUUACACUGUCCUCAAAUCUCAACUGUAUGAAUUAUAAUUUAACAGCUAUGCCUUGAUAAUGAAGUGCUUGCUUAAAUGAUUACAUUUAAAUUUUCAAAUUUGUGUGUAAUAAGGUGAAAUGAAUCUUGCUGUUGAAAUUUUUAAAAUCAAGAAUUGGAUUGAUCUUUAUGGUUUUCAAUUUAAAAGGUGCUAAUACUGGCAAUGAGCCUAGUAUGAGAAAAUAAUACAUGUAACAAAACUGCUACCUAGAUAAUAUCUUUAUUUUAUGAAUUUAGACUAGUGGCUUGGUUUGCCAAAGCGCAUUAAGAAUACUUUGCAGCUUUUAAAUGGCUGGUAAAUACACUGUCUUGUUCAGUUGGUGUUUGUUUAGAGGUAUUGAGCUUGUCAUUUUAGAAUCUUUCAAAAACAUAUAUUGUCCAUUGUGCAGCUUGAUGAUAAUAGAAGUGACUUUCUUCUAGUAAAGGUGCCUUGAGAACUGAAUAACUGUUUUUGGAUUGUGAAACCAGAUAUAUAUAUACAAUAAAAUAUUUUGGAUACAAA